UUUUGCUGUUUUUACUACGGGUUCUAAUACUUCUCAUACAGGUUCUACUCCUACCAUUAGUUCUAAUAAUCCUAAUAAAAAUCCUUCUCCUAUUACCAUUUCUACUACUCGUACUACUGGUUCUACUGUUCUUGGCUCUAUUAAUGUGUUGAGAUCGGACACUAAUAGUAUCAAAAAAGCAUCAAUCAGGAAUAUCAAACAAAGACAUGAAAUCGAAGAAACCAUUAAUCGACUUCUAAAAAAGUCUAAAAUUGGAAAUAGAAACUGA